AUGAUCUAUGAGCUGGACCCCUCGAACUGCAGCUCCAACUGGACAGAGGAGGAUGCCCUGUCCACGCUGGACGCAGACUGGAGCGACACCCCCGAGGAGAGGCUGUCCCGCACUGGCCACGCCGUGGUGGCCGUUAUCCUGGGCUUCAUCAUGAUCUUCGGCUUCCUCAACAACCUGCUGGUGCUCGUGCUCUUCUGCAGGUUUAAGACGCUGCGCACGCCCGUCAACCUGCUGCUGCUCAACAUCAGCCUGAGCGACAUGCUGGUGUGCGUGUUCGGCACCUCGCUGAGCUUCGCCGCGAGCGUGCGCGGACGGUGGCUGGUGGGCAGGAGGGGCUGCAUGUGGUACGGCUUCGUCAACUCCUGCUUCGGUAUCGUAUCACUGAUCUCGCUGGUGGUGCUGUCGUAUGAGCGGUACAGCACUUUAACUGUUUACAACAAGCAGGUCCCUGACUACAGAAAGCCCCUGCUGGCUGUUGGGGGCUCCUGGCUUUAUUCCUUGUUGUGGACAUUGCCCCCUCUGCUGGGCUGGAGUAGUUAUGGACUAGAAGGAGCAGGAACGAGUUGUUCAGUCACGUGGACGUCCAAAACCCCGCAGUCGCAAUCCUACAUCAUCUGCCUCUUUAUUUUCUGCCUGGGCAUUCCCGUGCUGGUCAUGGUCUACUGCUAUAGCCGGCUGCUCUACGCUGUUAAACAGGUGGGGCGGUUCAGGAAGACCGCUGCCCGGCGAAGAGAGUACCACAUCCUGUUCAUGGUCCUCACCACCGUGGUGUGCUAUCUGGUGUGCUGGAUGCCAUAUGGUGUGGUUGCCAUGACAGCCACAUUCGGCCGCCCGGGCCUCAUCACUCCCGUCCUGAGCGUGGUGCCCUCCCUGCUGGCCAAAAGCAGCACUGUCUUCAACCCCAUUAUUUACAUCCUCAUGAACAAGCAGUUCUACAGGUGUUUCCUGAUUCUGUUCCAGUGCAAGCACAGAUCGCAGGAGAAUGGUCACUCCAUGCCAUCGAGGACCACGGUCAUCCAGCUGAACCGCAGACUCUGCAGCAACACCGUGACGGGCAACGUGCCCACCUCCCUCAGGCUCAACAACAACAACGAGUGCAGCCCUCCUGUCUCAGUCCGGACCAAUCUGCCCGAAAUCACUCCCUGAUAGCUCAACAAACCUCUUCAUAAGCAGCGUAACCUGGCUCGGGAUUCGAGUUAGACGCAAUCGUUCUUCUUGCCUGAAGGAUGGAAUAAGGAUAAGGAUAGUGUUCCUCAGCAUCGGCCAAAAGGCAUGUCUAGACUGGGAUGUCGGCCCUGAGUCUGUAUUCAAUGGAAUGCGCUAAUCUGUCUUUUGAUUUUGGUCAUUUCACAUGAUGUACUCUGUUUUGCUGCUGAAUGUCUGUGUCAAUAUCUUUAAAUGGUUUUGCUAAAUGUAAUGGAGAACAAAGUGUACAUGUUGAUGGAAUACAAAACUGUGACUAAUCAAUAUGCUAUAGGAGUCAAUGUGUUUGGAACAAGUGCAUGUCUUGUUGGAUCCAUAAACCAGACAAUGGAGUCAAAACCUGUCGCUUUUGGAGCCCAAAAUGAAGACUCUUCUGGACGUUCAAUCACAAAAAACUCAUGUUGGCAUGCACCCAUUACAACAGCAGUCCGAAGCAUCAAGCUAAUGCCUAGUCUCCUUGUCAUGUGUCACGCAGAUGCCCAAACUAGACAAAACAAUGUCUAAAAAUAGGUACUACUUUGUUUGAGUGGCUUGUUUAUUAAUGUGUGCAUGUAGUCAAUAUAUCAGGAGGCUAAAAAGCCUUAUGAUUCAAGUCAUUCAGGAAAUAAGCUAGAAAGUAGCCCAAGAGGAUGACCAAAGCCUCUUUAAAUGAAGUUCUGAACAACAAUGGACUAGGCCCUGGACUUCAGUCCAGCCCAGCUCACCACAAUCAUUCGGACACCAACCAUCUUGGUAUCCCCUUUCAGUGUACCCUGACUGGUAGCUUCAUCUGGACUGGUAAUAAACUAUUUUGGUGGUUGUUAGCAGUCUACAGAUAAGGCAGUUUAACUGUGUAAUGAAUAAUGUGGCAAACAUCUAGACAUCUAGCUAAGUAAGGUGUUUUUCCUAAUUAGAUUACUGGUGAUGGUGAUGUUUCAACCCUCUACCGUUACCAGUGUGGCCGCUAGCCAGGGAACUUUUGAUUUCUGAGACAGACAGAAUCUCAAUAAUCAGAUUUGGCUACGCAUGAGCACACAGAUUCCCCUCUCAUACCAGAAGAUCACCAGCUGCCUCCAACUGAGCUUCCUAGAAAUCUGCUUUCAUUUUUGAAAAUUUGACAAGGGCUGAAUCUCUAUGGUCAACUGAGUCGGAGCAUCUUUGAAACGAUCUGAUGAGU